AUGGCGGUCCCUCAGGUCAACGGUGACGUGGCGAGCCCCGUUCACAACUCGGCCUUUCUCCAGCACAUCCUCAACUACCCCCUCAUCAGCGACGGCAUCACGACCGUCACGGCCAACGAGUACGCCCAGCGGUCCUUGAAGCUCGGCGACUCGGCCUACCAGACCUUUGCCCGCCCCGUCCUCCCCUACUUCGCCAAACCCUACGGCUUCAUCUCGCCCUACGUGCAGCGCGCCGACUCCAUCGGCGACAAGACGCUUGACCGCAUCGACGAGCGCUUCCCCAUCGUCAUGAAGCCGACGAGCGAGCUCUACAGCGACACGUGCAGCCUCCUGCUGCUGCCCUACAGCAAGUCGAUCGAGGGCCGCGACCGCGUCUUCCAGAUCUACUCGUCCGAGGUGAAGAAGAACGAGCAGCAGGGCCUCGUCGGCCAGGGCAAGGCGGCCGUCUCGACGGCCUUUGUCGUCAGCACCGAGACGCUCUCGUGGCUCAGCAGCUUCCUCUCGGCCAAGAAGGCCGAGGCGAACAAGCUGGUGAGCGAGAAGGUGCAGCAGUAG